UCGAAGUGUACAUAUUUAAAAAGUAAAGACAUCAAUUCGCUUGUAUUACCUCUAAUUAUUUACUUUGAUGACUUUGAAACAAACAACCCCUUAGGUUCAAGAUCCGGAGUUCAAAAUUUAGGAGGAGUCUAUGUAUCUUUUCCUUUCAUACCUCCUGAACACAGAUCUAAAUUGCAAAUGAUUUUCCCUCUAAUGUUAUUUAACUCGUUGGAUAGAAAAGCUUACGGCAACAGAAUAUUCGAUCCUGUCAUUUCCGAAUUAAUUUCUUUAGAAUCAAAUGGCAUUACGUUUCAAGACCGCACAAUAUAUUUCGUACUAUCGGUGUGUGUCGGCGAUAAUAAAGGCAUUAAUUCAAUGCUUGGAUUUACCGAAAGUUUUAGCUCGAAUUAUUGGUGCAGAUUUUGCACCCUUAAAAAAGAUAUUCUGCAGAAGUCAUUAACUGAAAGUCCAAGUUAUCUUAGAGAUAAAAGAAAUUACGAGAUUCAUUUAAAAAGCAAAUCUUCUAAAGAAACUGGUAUUGUUUCUGAAUGUAAUUUCAAUGUUUUAAGAGAUUUUCAUGCUGUAGAAAAUUAUUCAGUGGAUGUUAUGCAUGACAUUUUCGAAGGCAUUUUAAAUUUGGAAAUAUCCUUAAUUAUAUUAAGCUACAUUCGAACAGAAAAAUAUUUCACAAUCGAUGAUAUCAAUAACAGAAUAAAUUUUUUUGAUUAUGGACAUAUUCACAACUUAAAUAGGCCACCCCAACUUUGUCUCGAUAAUUUAAAAACAUUGAAAAUUCGGUACUCUGCAUCAGAAAUGAUGGUUUUUUCCAAAUAUCUGGGAAUAAUAAUUGGUGAUUGGAUUCCUGAAAAUGACAGUAAAUGGGAAUUAUUCAAAAUCUUAAUGGAAAUUAUUAAAAUUAUUCUCUCAGAUUCUAUUUCAAAUAGUAUGAUUUCUCAAUUAGAAAUACUUAUUACAGAGCACCAUAAAAUGUUUGUAGAAAUUUUUCAACUGCCUCUAAGACCCAAACACCAUUUAAUGCUACACUAUCCAAGGGUUAUUCGAAAUAUUGGACCUCUAACGCAAGUAUGGUCAAUGCGCUUUGAGAGUAAGCAUAAAGUUUUUAAAGAAAUUGCAAGAUCAACAAAAUCUCGCACAAACAUAUGCUUAUCAAUAUUGAAACGGUAUACAUUAAAACAAAAAACUGAUUUUGAAACAUUUAACAUUUCGCAAAAAAUUAAGUCAUUUGGGCCAAAAAUUCAAAAUUAUUCACAAAUGUUUAAAAAAUUAUUAAAUGAAGAUAAAGAUGUUGAAUUUUAUAAAUGGAUUUCUUUUUGCAAUGUCAUUAUUAAAGCUAAUGUUGUGUUAGAAAUUGGGCACAAUGGGGAAUAUACGCAAUAUGGUCUUGUGGAGGAGAUUGGAUUCAGUAAAGCAAACUCAAAAGUGUAUGUAUUUCUAAAAAAAAUGAAUACCUUGUAUUACGAUUGCAACCGAUUUUGCGAUAUCGUAGAAUUAAUAAAUGAAAAACAAGCAAUAAUUUUGACACAUGGUUUCAUUAAAACAUACAAUUUAAUACACUUUAAUUCCUUAAAUAUGGUAUUAUAAGAGUAAAUUAAGGAAAAUAUAAGAUAUAUAAGUAGAUUAAGGAAAAUGUGAACUAUUAAUU